AGGAAGUGCAGAAUUGUAGUAGUAAUCUUCUUAGAAAGCCGGACAGUUGGUUUUGUAAAAGUACGCACUUAAAGAUUACGUUGAUCUUGUUUCGGGCAACAGAGCCUUUAUCUGUUUAGUUGUCUGGAUAUGUAAUAGGUCAUCUAUGGAGAUAAAAGUGGAAGCUAAAUCAAUGCGUCUAACAGGUGAAUGGGUGUGAUAGUGAUAAACUAGUCCCGCGCUUCCAUUCAUUCUUUAACAAGACAACGUACCCCGUCGUUAUGGUCAUAUUCCGCUGACGAUACAUGCAGAAAGCCCACAGUUGUUCUUCAGAGCCAGCGUGCUGUUGACACUCAAAAUGAGGAUGAUCACCUUCUUCCUGGUUGGACUGACAGUCCACGUGGUCUUCUUCCUCUCCAUCUUUGACAUUUACUUCACCUCUCCUCUGGUGCAUGGCAUGACACCCCAGUCCACACCUCUGGCACCUCCUGCUUCCAGACUGGUUUUAGUGGUGGCCGAUGGCCUCAGAGCAGACAGUCUCUUCACCCUGCUCCCCAAUGGCUCAUCCAGGACUCCAUACCUGAGGAGUGUAAUAGAGAACACGGGUACCUGGGGCGUGUCACACACACGAGUGCCUACUGAGUCUCGGCCUGGCCAUGUUGCUCUCAUCGCGGGCUUCUAUGAGGAUGUUAGUGCAGUUGCUAAAGGCUGGAAGGAGAACCCUGUAGAGUUUGACUCGGUGUUUAAUGAGAGCAGACACACCUGGUGCUGGGGCAGUCCUGAUAUCCUGCCCAUGUUUGCCAAAGGUGCCAGUGGAGACCAUGUGUAUACCCACACAUACCCAGCACAGGAGGAGGACUUUGCCUCCACAGAUGCAUCCAGACUGGACACCUGGGUGUUCACUCAAGUCAAAUCCUUCUUCCAGUCAGCGAAGUCUAACUCCACUCUGAAGGCCAGUCUGCUCAAGGAUAAGAACGUCUUCUUCUUGCAUCUCCUGGGUAUUGACACUAAUGGACAUGCUCACAGACCAAUGUCACAGGAAUACCUCGACAAUAUCGGUCUAGUAGAUACCGGUGUGGCUGAGCUGGUUUCCAUGGUGGAGGACUUCUUUGGUUAUGAUGGCCGAACAGCCUAUGUGUUCACCUCUGAUCAUGGCAUGACAAACUGGGGUUCUCACGGUGCAGGUCAUCCCUCUGAGACACUCACCCCUUUAGUGGUGUGGGGAGCUGGCGUUCGUAAUGCCCAGAAAGUUACGGAACCCCAACCGUACAAUGACGGGUACCUGCAAGAUUGGAAAUUGGAGCACUUUCGCAGAGUUGACGUCAAUCAAGCUGACAUUGCUCCACUCAUGGCUUCUCUCAUUGGUGCACCAAUUCCCGUUAACUCGGUUGGUGUGUUACCGCUUCUCUACCUUAACAACAGUGACCAGUUCAAGGCAGAGAGCAUGUACACAAAUGCUAUUCAAGUGCUGGAGCAGUUCAAGAUGAAAAUGAGCCAGAAAAAGGAGACAACCUUGUCUUUUCUCUUCACUCCAUAUCAAGUCCUGACUGAGUCAAAACAAGCAGAAUUCACCCGCAAGGCCCGAAUACUGAUUCAGCUGGAGAAGUAUAACGAUGCUAUCUCUCUGUGCCGGUCUCUGAUAUCCUACUCUCUGGAAGGCCUCGUCUACUACCACACCUACGACAGGUUCUUCCUGGGUUGCAGCGUGGUGCUUGGAUUUGUAGGCUGGACUUCAUAUGUCGUCUUAGUCAUACUGAAGACUCACGCCAGCCUCCACAGACACCCAAAUCUCACUAAACAGAAUCCCAACCAUAACUUGGCGAGGCUGUGCAUGUGUGUGGCAGUGGUGAUCACUGCAUUCCUGCUUAUCCAAAGGAGCCCCAUUACCUACUACAUUUACUGCCUGCUGCCCGUCCCUGUAUGGUACUCUGUUCUUAAAGAGUCCGGAACUGUAACAGAUUUGAUUCGGUCAGCUCCAUCUCUGCCUCUGUGGAAGUGUUUUGGCUAUUUUGUGCUGGUGGCAUUUGGAAUUGAGCUACUGGUGGUGAGUUUCUUUCAUCGCGCCAUGCUGACCGUGGGCCUGGUUGUCCUCUCCCUCUGGCCCCUCCUGUCAGGACUUUACCACAAGGCCAAGUUCCGCUCGCUGAGCUGGUUUCUGGGCUGUCUGUGUCUGGCUGCUUUCCCCCUGAUGCCUGUGGUGGGUAGAGAGCCUAACCUCCAUCUGGUUACCUGUGCAGGUCUGCUCACUCUCUUCACCUCAGCCUGUUACCUGUGGUCGUCUCGACAGAGGACGCCUCUGCACCCUAGUGACAGAAAGCAGUUUGUCGCUCAGAUGCUUCACGUGGCCGUGUGUGCGUACGUGCCAUCCCUCACGCACUCCAGCCUGCAGCAGAAACAGGGUCUACCGCUUCUUAAUCAGAUCAUCAGCUGGAGCACAUUAGUAUCCUCUAUAUUGGUUCCUUUGCUGAGCUCAACCCGUCUUUUCCAUCGACUCCUCAGCAUAUUUCUGUCUCUCACAUCCACAUACCUACUGCUCAGCACGGGGUCAGAGGCCUUGUUCCCCCCUGUGUUAUCCUGGUUAAUGUUUGUGUGGAUCAACAUCGAACAGGAGGCCUUGCUCGCUCAGGGUGUCUCCGGCAGGCAAGAGUUGUCCACUAUUGACUUCUCUGCAAACAUCGACAUCACCAAGAUCCGCCAACUGAAACUGGACGACAUCCGAAGAUCAUAUUUUUUUGUAUUUUUUAUAAUAACUGCUUUCUUUGGGACAGGAAACAUAGCGUCCAUUAACAGUUUUGACCCAGCAUCUGUGUAUUGUUUCCUCACGGUUUUUAACCCCUUUAUCAUGGGAGGGCUGAUGAUGUGGAAGGUUAUAAUUCCAUUCAUCAUAGUAAUGUGUACAUUUGAGACCAUCCAAGUUGCAACACAGCUCUCAUCAAGGAGUUUGUUCCUUAUUGUCCUGGUUAUCUCUGACUUGAUGGCCCUGCACUUUUUCUUCCUGGUGCAGGACUAUGGCAGCUGGUUGGACAUUGGCACAAGCAUCAGCCACUACGUGAUAGUGAUGUCCAUGACGAUCUUCCUGAUGUUGCUCAGUGUCGUCACACACAUUCUCACCUCACAAAGGCUCAUUUUGUGGCGGAGAUCCAAGAUGCACUUCCCAUAAAGAAAUGUGUUUGUAGUUUGAUGUUUACAUACAUAGGCUAACUAAUCCAAAUACUUAGUAUUUAUUUAACUUUUUUUUAACACCGGUUUCAUGUAUGUUGUCUCAUAUUUAAAAAUUAAAAAAAAAAAAACCUGGGUGUCAUAAGAUGAGAUAGGAUAAGAUGUGGGAUAUUGUUGUAGGUCACUGUAUACUACAGAGUACAGAGUACUGUGCUAUACUUUUAAAGGGACAUGUUUCAUAGUGGCCAAAGUCUUUUGCACAGUACGUUUGUUCUUUUUAUUUUGUACAAAUACACUCUCUGUUACAAGCACAUUGUUUUUGCAUUGAUCAUUGAUGAUUCUGACUAAAGCUACUUGAAUAUUUGACUGUGAAUCAAGUCUUUGCCAAAGCUGCCGAUUUACGAUCCACUGAAGAAGGGUGACUUCAUAACCCUAUUCUGUAAGAAUGUGCACUAAUUCCUGUGAAGCUGCCUGUAAUGCAUUCUUGUGUAAAAGGUGAAGGGCUGUUUUUGAAACUGAACUUUUAACUAGAUAUGUACCAAUAAAAGUUAAGUGGUGAAACAGAAA